CACAGGCACUGGGCUCAUGGGGUGACCCCAGACCGUGUCCCCAUUCCGUCGAGCCUCUCUGGACUGGUUGCCAUGAGCUGUGUGCACCCAGCUCCCCGCACCCAGCAUGGAGGUCCUGGGCAGCCCGUGGCAGGGGCAGUGAGUCUCUUUAAGAGGGUGCAGGGCUGGGGAGGUGAGCCAGGGCCACCAGAAAGCAGGAGGGUGAGCUCAUGGCAAAGCUGCCCCAGUCAUGUGGAGCAGCCACAGCUGUUGGUGCCCUUGGGCUGCGGGACGGAGGGGCCGGCGGCAUAAAGCCCUGCGGCCAGCAGAGCCACCGGCAGCACCGGGAGCCAGAGCUGAGUGAGGAGGAGGCCACAUCCUGCACGGGGCUGUGCACUGCAAGCAGACAUGGAGCUGGACGUACAACGGGCCAAGGAGCUCAUCGAGCAGAAGCUGGCAGAGGAGGAGGAGGAGGAAGAGAAGAAACUCAAAAGGGAUGGUGCACAGGAGCCACCGGCUGUGGAGCGGAUGAGCACGCCUGACCUGGAGGAGGAGAAACGCCGUGGCCCCAGGAACUGGGGCCUUGAGGCCGUCAAGGGCCAGGAGCGAGUGCGGAAGAGCUCGGUGGACCUGCGGCGGGAGAUUAUUGAUGUGGGGAGCAUCCAGCGCCUCAUUGAGCUCCGCAAGCAGCGCCGGCAGCGUCGGGAAGAACGGGCAGCCACCCCUGAGCCCCCCCCACCGCCUGAGACCCUGGAGAUUGAGGGUCCUGUGGAGCCUGAGACCUUCCUGCGAGCCGCUGUCCAGGGCAAGAUGCAUGUCAUCGAGAAGUUUCUGGCAGAUGGUGGCUCCCCUGACACGUGUGAUGAGUUCCACCGCACGGCCCUGCACCGCUCCUCACUGGAGGGACACACGGACAUCCUGCAGAAGCUGCUGGACAGUGGGGCCACUGUCAACUUCAGGGACCGGCUGGACUGCACCGCCGUGCACUGGGCCUGCCGGGGUGGGCACCUGGAUGCUGUCAAGCUGCUGCAGGACCGCGGGGCAGACCUCAACCUGAAGGACAAGCUGCUCAGCACCCCCCUCCAUGUGGCCGCCCGGACUGGGCACCUUGACAUUGUGGAGCACCUCAUCCACUGCGGGGUGGACAUCAACUCCCCGGACAGGGAAGGCGACACGGCGCUGCAUGACGCCACGCGUCUCAGCCGCUACAAGAUCAUCAAAAUGCUGAUCCUGCACGGGGCUGACAUGAUGGCCAAGAACCAGGUGAGCAGGGCGAGGGGGCAGCACUGGGGCCAUUUGCUGCCCCACCGCGUCACGCCACCCUGGCCCCUGCCUCUCUCUGCUCACUCGUGCAGGCUGGCAAGACCCCGACAGACCUGGUGCAGCAGUGGCAAGUGGACACACGUCAGGCGCUGGAGACCAAGGAGCAGCCACAGGGGGAGAUGGAAGUGCCUGCAUGACAGUGCCGGGGGGGGGACUCGACUCCAAGGAGCAGGAUCCAGCCGAGGCUUGGCCAUGUCAAUAAAAACCAGCAAAGAGCAACAUUCAGCUCCAGGGGACUGCGGGGACAGCAGCCUGCUCCACGGGCGAUGGAUCUGGGGGAGAUGGGUUAUAUGGGAAGCUGCGUUAUCCAGCAGCAUGGACAUGACCUGCCUCCUAGCACAGCGACUGAGUUGUCAGUGACAC